GCGAAGGUUUCAUUUAGGAAACGGUACGUCGUUGGUGUCUGAAGUUCAGAAGUAAAAAGAGAAAAUAGGGUUUAAGGAUUUGACUGGAGAGAGAGGGAGAGGAUGAAGUCUGUGGUGGGGAUGGUGGUGUCGAACAAGAUGCAGAAGUCAGUGGUGGUGGCGGUGGACAGGCUGUUCCAUCACAAACUCUACAAUCGAUACGCCAAGCGGACCUCCAAGUUCAUGGCUCACGACGAAAACAACCGCUGCAAUAUCGGCGAUCGAGUUAGAUUGGAUCCUUCGAGGCCGCUAAGUAAACGGAAAAAUUGGGUUGUUGCUGAAAUUCUCAAGAAAGCAAGGAUAUAUGUGCCACCAUCAGCAGCAGAUAAUGCUGCUUCGAAAACUAAAGGGGCGGAAGCACCAACUUCUUCGACCUCCUAAGGAAAGAUUAUGGGAUGGCUUUUGAAAACAAAAAUUAUGAAGGAAUGAUUAGUGAGCUAACAACUUUGUGUUGCAAUUGAGAUGUUGUCAGUCUGACUCUUAUUGACUAGUAUGGCUGGUUAGUAGUGGCAAGCGAGAGCAGAUUGGGUGGUUCCUUUUACAUUUUCUUCUCUUUUCUCCCCCCCCCCCCCCCUCUUUUAAGAAAAAUAAAGUGGUUUCAGAGUUCAGAAACAUGAUAAUGGUACAGAAGAGAAUGACAACGUGUCUUUGGUAGUGUUGUGUUUUGCUAGAUGCUAGUUUAGUAUGGACAAAACAUGUAACUUCUACUCUAGUCUUUAAUGCUCUCUUAAAUAACUUCCUGGGUAGUGAUUGUUGGAACUCAGAGUUACAGUGUGCCAUGUAAACAUGUUUUGAGGCUUGUUAGUACCGGAAUAUAAUUUUGAACAGUUUUAUGUUAGCAUAGUGCUGGAAUUGUGGGAGCACAUAAAGGAAAA